AAAUCCUAUACAUCACGUCACAGAUUUCACUAGUUUGCUCCAACAUUUUAUGUAAUUUUCUUUUUUCAAAAAGGUGUUUUUAGAUAUUUUAUAUUUCAUAUUUUUUUGUAUUCAUUUUCAUAUCGAAAUUCAAAGUUGCAAAAAUACCGAGUAAUCGAUAAUAUCGAAUCGAUAAACAUCUCUACGACGCGAGUGACGCAAUAUGGCGCAUGUGAAUGUUUUUCCGCACAAGAGACUAUUGACCAACUCAGUUACAACCUGAAGUGAAAAGCCCAGUCUACAUUUUAACCUUUUAUUGUGAAUAAACAACAGUGAGGUUGUAAUCACAAUAAUGGAGCGGAAAGAGACAGCUCAAUUGCACAAGCUGAAAGAAGAACUUUUAAAAAAAGUGAUUCUAUUGAGAAACAAAUUAAAGGAUCAAGAAGAAAGUGGACGUCAAUUGCCGAUUAAUUUCAACAUCAGCGCACCGUCUUCUAAUGACGAAGAUCACAAAUUAUCGGAAUCAUUGUCCACCAAGUACAAAACUAAAUUGUGUGAGAUUUCCAGUCAGCUGACAGGAAUAACAUUUCAAAAUGUCAAUAAGAGAUGGCUACAUGACAAUGUUUACGUCUACGUCGCAAAAGUGAAAACAAAAACAAUUUCCUUCAAUCUUGAAUUAACAAUAGUUUUUAAAGAUUUUAGUGAUUUUAGCAUCGACGACAUAAGGUGCUACUUUAUAGACGUUGACGAUUGUUACAUGAUUGAGAUAUCUCCUUGGUUCGAGAAGAUUAUAAGCAUGAAAAACUUUUCCCUCCUUAUGUCUGCACUAUCCAAUUACAAUGAAAAUAACAUUCUUCGAUCGAAAAUUUUACGUAACUUAGAAGGGAACAAAUAUGCAAACGUUGAGCCAUACACUCAGGACACUGGAGGUAUAUUGGUAUACGUACAUCCUUCUGGAGAUACAGCAAAAAACUAUUUAAUAUUUCAAUGGACGAUGAAAUUUUUGGAAUUAACAUGGCACAUUGAACAUUUCUUUACAGUCAAGUCCACAGACAUAGGAGUAAGAUUUUCCGAGGAAAAUUAUUCUUUAUUAAAAGAAUUCUGUAAAGUUGGUUUGACAAGAGACAGUCUUGUGGAAUUAUGGAAUAGAUUGUGCACUGCGGUCGAUGCUUAUCAUGCUAAAAACACCAAAAAUAUGUAAAGAAAGUGAUGUAAAACUGAUUUUCUUUAAUUAGCCAUGACACGUGAAGAUUACGCACUAACUAUAUUCUAUUAUUUAAGUAGAACAGUUGAAAGUUGUAUAGUGAAGAUGUUAAGCGCACAUGCGCACACAGAGGAAGAGAGAGUGAGAUUAAAAUGUAUUAAGUCUAAUGUAACAUAUUUUUUUAUGGAAAUGAUAGAAAUGUAACAUUCCGUUUAAAAAAGAUUGAUAAAGAGACAAAAAAUAUUGAUACCUUAAAAAUUAUUUUAUUUAAUUAUGUAGUUAUUUUAUGUAAUUAUUUUAUAUGUAGCAACGAAAGACAAUGUAUCAUUGUAUUUGAAACUGAAGUUAACCAGUAAAAUCUUUCUUUAAGUUUUUAAUUCUAAAUCCUUUUUUAUAUUAAAUAAUAUUUUUAUAUUAAUAACUCUUUCGACUUACUUAGUGUUUAUUAGUAUUAUACGACUAUUAAUAUUUAUUGGAUUUUAUAACUUUAUCUCUUAUCAUUAUGUGCAUAGCAUUCUUCUGAAAACAAGUAAUAUUAGUUGUUAUCUUUGCGCAAAUUAGUGAGAGAAAGAUUUGUGUAAAAUAAAUAUUUUGGAAAAAGUUCAA